AUGCCUACUGAAGGUCCAACGUUGGAAGACCGAGGUCUUGCGACCCUCUCUCGGUCGUCCCGUAUCGAUCAGUUUCUCGCCGGCAACGGAGGUCCUCCAACAUCUCCCACAAUCCGCGGUUCCUCCGGAGGCAGUGGUGGUGGAAGCGGUGGAAGUACCCGAACGCCUUCCUCCUCCAGCAGUGGCUACGAAAGCCAGCUCGCCUUCCAACAUCACCUGAUGGCGUCGGGAGGCGGUCCCCCUCAACAUCAUGGUCGCGAGAGUUCCGCCUUCGUGCCGGUGCUUCCCUCCAGGGCUCUUCGGCCAGGACUGUACCCUCCGGGUGUGCUGGAUGGUCCACCAGAUGGGCUAUCGAAGGAGGGAGUUUCAAAGCGGGGCUCCAGCUACGAACUAAUGGCCAUGAUGGCCGACAAACGGAAAGAGCUGGCUCUCCGAGAGGCUGCGGCUGCAGCGAUGCUACUACCCCGACCUGGAGGUCCACCGGUUCAGUCCCCGUCGGGGAUCUACCCACCACCCGGUGCGUACCUCGGUGGACCGGGUCCUUCACCUACUUCCGCCGGCACCUUCACGUUCCCACCAGCCGGCGUAGGUCUCUACCCACCGGGAGUACCUCCGGGGAUGCACGCCGGACUGGACCGACGACUGCUGCGGGCACCAGGACGAGCAUCCCGGCCGAAGAAGCAGUUCAUCUGCAAGUUCUGCAACCGACAGUUCACCAAAUCCUACAACCUGCUCAUCCACGAGCGGACGCACACCGACGAGCGACCGUACUCCUGCGACAUCUGCCUCAAAGCCUUCCGGAGACAGGAUCAUCUGCGCGACCACAGAUACAUUCACUCGAAGGAAAAGCCAUUCAAAUGCACCGAGUGUGGCAAGGGUUUCUGCCAGUCGCGAACGCUGGCCGUGCACAAGAUCCUGCACAUGGAGGAGUCGCCGCACAAGUGCCCGGUGUGCAACCGCAGCUUUAACCAGCGCUCGAACCUCAAGACGCACCUGCUGACGCACACCGACCACAAGCCGUACGAGUGCAACUCGUGCGGCAAGGUCUUCCGGCGGAACUGCGACUUACGGCGUCACGCGCUCACGCACACCGUCGGCGACGUACCGUCGGAGGCGCUGGACGUCGGGGUGGACGACGACGGUCACCAGCUGAGUGGGGACGAGGACGAGACGGUGCUGGAGGUGGACUCGCCGGUGCACUCCCCGGCCGGAAGGAACCGAUCGCCCUCGCCACCGAUGGACAUGCCCGUGUCGGCCGAGCUGGACGACGAAGAGCGGGAAGAGGACGAACGCCCGGAGCUGGAGGACGAGGAUGAGGAGGAGGAGGAGGACGAUCUGAUCAGUGUGGCCGGGCACCCGGAGCCCGAUCCGACCCCGGUCGUCCAGUGCCAUCACGAGCGGCCGAUGGGCUCCAAGAGUCCGUACACGAUGCGUCCUCAGUACGAUCACGGCAGUCGCUCCUCGACUUCGUCCCAAUCUUCCCAACAUUCCGGCCCGGCGACGCAUCCAGCGGGACUGGUUGGUGAAGAUCUUCGGGGCGAAAGAGAACUUCUGCAGCAGCAACCCGCGUCGGCACAUCCGCCAGAUGUGUUCGUACCGAUGCUCCACGUGCGGCGUGAUCUUCACCACAAAAUGGGUCUCAUAGGACGGGCGACGGCGACGAUUACCAGCGGAGGACUGAUGGAUUCACCCGGUGGUGGCUUCCUUAGCCACAUUCCGCUGCGAAAGCGCGCCAUGGGACCCGACGGGGAACCGCAUCCCAUCAUGUCACGCGGACUACUCGCCUCUUCCGGCUCCUCGUCGCAAUCGCUCCAUCUGCAACAAAAUGGCCGCGGCCAUCAUCAACUCCAUCACCACCACAAGAGCGUACACCUUCCAGAAGAUCCUCACAAAGGCCCACCGGACUCGCCGCACCGAGAGUCAAUCCCUCUGAUGUCGCCCUCGCUCCCAUCAUCGUCACCCGUCCUGCUCUCACCGCAUUUGCCACCGGGACUAGCACUGCCUCCUCCGCCACCUCCACCGCCGGUCGUUCAACUCGGCACACCAAGCCCGUUGGCCGUUCCGAUCAACCUGGCCAGCCUAUCGAACCUUCCAGCGGUGCUUCCAUCAACCGCGUCGGUGACAGUGCCACCCAUGACCUCUUCAGCGACAUCGACCGGAAGCACCCCGGUGCCUUCACCGGUCAGUUCCGGGGCCUCCUCCAGUGGAGGUUCAUCAAAGUCUACACCUUCAGCCGGUGCAGCUGCGAGCACGACGACACAACACGUUCCUCCAACGCAGGCCGCUGCACCACAGCCUCAACCUCCACCGCAGAGGAAAACUGGAUUCAGCAUAGCGGACAUCAUGCGUCGCUAG